AUGAAGCCCUCCUUAGCGUUUGCCUUUGCUUUCGUCGCCUCUUUUCGUUCAAAUUCAGAUGAAGGUGAGGCUUAUUUACGUAUAUUUAGCUUUGAUAACUUCCCUAGUUCCUGAAUCAUGUUGCUGCCUUUUUUGUAGGGUGGCUUAUAUUAAGCUUAACAAUCUUUGUACGUCCGUUGAAUUGCAGUCGGUGUGUUCAGAAGGGCGUAGACGUUCUGAAACUAAGACCUUGUUCUUCAUACAAAUGCGCAUGCGUUUAACUUUAUCCCUCAAAUCACACAGUUUAACAGACGGUUCAACUUUUCAACUACGACUCACGCGAGCGGCGAGGGCGGAAGCCACUUAGGGGCGUUUGAUGCUCUUAAACGCGAUUUCUAGUGGAGUUCUGAGAGGACAAAUUCUGUCGAAAAAAAUGCUCGCUAAAUCGAUUUUCAUUAUUCGCAUUUUCAAAAGUGAUAAUUAUAAAUGACUACAAAGCCGUACUAGAUUUUUUUUCUUAAAUUUAGUGCGGUUUCUUAAAGUUUUAAGUAUACUCUGUUAGGUUUUCUUGUAUACUACAUGGAGUUGCUUGCCGCCCGGUUAGCUCAAUGGGAUAAGCACCGGUCUGCUGAGCGGGAGGUCGUAGGUUCAAACCCCUCCCGGACCAACACUCAGGGUCUUUAAAUAACUUUGUAAUAACAUCUGCAAACGGGUUGACCUUCUAGUCUUCUCGGAUGAGGACGAUAAACAGUAGGCCCCGUCUCACAAGCCCUUGCACAAUUGUAAUUUAGAAAAAUUUAUCAUGGACGAGAGCUCUAGAAAAAAUGAUACUGCGGUUGGAGACGAACAAGGUUUCGAAAAAUCGCCGGGCACAGAAGAAGAAAAGGGGAACAAAGUGGCCGGACUACAGCAGGGAAAGAAAAAUACCUCUGGAUCCAGAUCCUUGAAAGCCGGUUAGAUUUAACAACCCAGGGUUAAAAUUUUACCUAGUAUGCGAUUUCGUUUCUGAAGUUUCUCAGAGACUGUUGGAGUCAUUUUAAGUCCGGUAAACAUUACUUCGGCAUUACUGGGAUUCAAUUUAAACUCGAGCCCGAAUACCGGCUCUGAGUCAAUAGGCCAUGAGGCCGAAGGCCGAAUGUGCUAUUGACUCAGAAGCCAUGAGGGCGAGAGGAAUGAUUGCUUUAGUAAAAUCCAACUAGUUGGUCAAAAAUAUCGAGAAUAAAAAGUUUUAGCUAGUUAAAAGAUAGACUUUAAUCCUUUUGCCGCCAAAAAGCCCGCGGUUUUCGCUACUAGGGGGCUAUAACAAAUAGCCUAGUAGUAGCUCAACCAAUCAGAACGCAGCAUUGAUAAUAGACCACUAGCUGGAUUUUACUAAUUAGUAUUAUUUAUCCCGGCCUACAAAAGCUUGUGCAACUGAGCAAACCGACGUUUGUUCACUUUGAGGUUGACCAUCUUUCUAGAAACCCGGCGCCCCGUUGUAAACAAGUAUAAGGAAAUAUGUGAUCUAUUUCAGUUCAAAAACUGUUAGUAGUUAUAGAAUGAUGGAUAAUUUCUUUCGUUUUCUUACACAACAUGGUGGCAACGGUGCAGGUAGCCGGGGGAGAAAUUUUUUAUAAUUUGGCAUUGACUGGACUUGAUCAUUUUUUUUUUAUUUUCAGCUGGUCUUUGAAUCGCUUGUCUCGUGACAUGGAUUGAGGCACAUUACCAUACAGUCAGCUCUCUCUAAAGGUGAUGUCACAAGAGACGAUGCAACGACCAUUUUCAGGCAACACAGCGUUGUCCGGCAAUGUUGGAACAAUGUUGCAACCGUUCGAAACAAUGUCGCAACAAUGCUGUAAUGCUGUGUUGCGCUGAAAAUUGUUGUUGCGAAUCGUCCCGUGUAACACCACCUCAAGACGGAUUCACACCUUUAGGACCGGUAUACUAAUGUGUCGGUCUUAAAGAGAUGCCCUUCUUAUAGAGUCAACUGAAAGGAGUUAAGAAAGGAAGGGACCAACUCAAGGUGUCCGUCUUAUAUAGGUCUCCGUUAAGAGAGAGGUGAUUGUAAUAGGCAAUCCGGCAUUUUCUUAUGUACGCUUUUGAUUUAUUGGCAGCCGAUAAUCCUCAACUGUAUAACGAUGACAUGAACUAUGAAAGAUUCAUCGAGGACGAGCUGUUCUAA